AUGGCCGGCCGGCCGUAUACAGCCUGGUACCGAAUAUGGGAACGCGUGACAAUAACGGACUUCUACCAGGAACUGGUCAUAAUACCCAUCAUCAUCCUGGUAAUCCUCGUCAAUUUAUGGGGAGCCUCUGCCAACCGCAAGCGUGCCAAAUCGUGGGAAGAGAAGCAUUUUCCUCAGCUGGAUACUGAAUUCGCCAAGAUUGGCUUUGGCAAGGACGGCUUCGGGAAAGACAUUUUGUGGAAGGAGAAGAGCAAGAACGAAUUCACAUCAUAUGCCACUGGCAGACAGAAUGUGGCCUUCCUGCACCUUAAGCUCACGGUGCUUAAGCGCUACAACCCAAUCAUGUGGUUUGGAGAGUCGAUUGCAUCCUUCCUCUUCGACAGUGUCGCCGCGCCAUCGGAACGAGUCGAGGCAACAGCGUAUGUGUUCGAUGGCAAGGAGAAGCAGUUUGUCCCGGCGCAAGCUCAAGGUCAGAAUUCUGCGCCUAACCAGGACAGCACAUUCGAUGGCUUUAUUUGGGCCAUCGUACACAAGGACCGCAUGAAGCAGCUGCGAGACGACCGAUACGAUCUGAGCUUGACUUCGACCAAGGAUCAUCCAAAGCUGCCUCAGUGGGCAACCAUCAUGUCCGAGAGCGCUGAAGUGACUGAGGCUAUGCUCACACCAGAGCUCAUCCAGGUCGUCACUGAUGCAGGCGAGGAUCUCGAAGCUCUGAUUGUUUCUGAUCAGCCAAUUGAUGCGCCUCAGAAGCUAGAUGAGAUCAUUCCGAAGAAGCGCGUGCAGCUUUCAAUGGCUUUAUCAACUUCCGAUGCCAGCCUUGCCUUGUUCAGCUACUUCCUACGAAUCCCAGAUUUCUUGGUCACCUACGCCCACUUCCGACCUGAAGCUAUGCGCAAGGUCCGCGCCACUCGCGAGGCAGAGAUGCGCAAGAUUCGCAAGAUUGACGAGGAUGAGAAAGCGGAAGAACGAAGAAAUGCUAGCGACAAGCUUAAGAAGGAGGAGCGCGAUCGCAAGCUCAGCAAGAUGAGCGCCGAAAAUCAAAAGAAGUUCCUCGAAAAGGAAAAGGAGAAGUCUCAACGGAAAAGCAUGAAGCGGCAGACCGUCAAGGGUUAG